CUUCGAGCAGAUCAGAGGAGCACAGCACAGCUCAUCUCACACCUGUGGAUGGACGGCAGCUGAACCGCGGGAAACUUUCGUUCUCACUCUACCUAGAUGAACUUUAGUUUAUAUUAAACACGCGUCGACUCCCACACAAACCGUGCUCGUUUUACAUCUUUGUCUCCGCUUUUGAAAACGAGAAGUUGAAUUCGCAAGACGCAACUUUCCAGCCCCUCACUGAGCGGGCAGAGUCCGUGAAGCGAUGGAGCCGUCCGUCAUUCCCGGUGCUGACAUACCCGACCUUUACUCCAUUAACCCGUUUAAUGUCACUUUUCCCGACGACGUUUUGAGUUUCGUUCCUGAUGGGAGGAACUACACCGAACCUAACCCGGUAAAGAGCCCCGCGGGAAUCAUCAUCGCCAUUUCCAUCACCGCUCUUUACUCCGUUAUCUGCGUUGUGGGACUCUUAGGAAACAUCCUAGUGAUGUACGGGGUGGUCAGAUACACCAAGCUGAAAACUGCCACCAACAUCUACAUCUUCAAUUUGGCCCUGGCAGAUGCACUGGCUACUAGUACACUUCCAUUCCAGAGCACCAAGUAUUUAAUGAACACCUGGCCCUUCGGUGAGCUCCUUUGCAAAGUGGUCAUAGCCAUAGACUACUACAAUAUGUUUACCAGUAUCUUCACUCUCACUAUGAUGAGCGUGGACCGUUACAUUGCUGUGUGCCACCCUGUGAGAGCACUGGAGUUUCGUACCCCGAUCAAGGCCAAAAUAAUCAAUGUGUGCAUCUGGAUCCUCUCCUCCGCUGUUGGAGUGCCAAUCAUGAUUAUGGCAGUCACUAGAGUGACAAAUCAGAAUACAACAGUCUGCAUGCUGAAGUUCCCUGAUCCAGACUGGUACUGGGACACAGUCACAAAGAUCUGUGUGUUUAUCUUUGCAUUUGUGGUACCAGUCCUAGUCAUAACAAUCUGCUAUGGUCUGAUGAUCCUACGCUUGAAAAGUGUCCGUCUUCUCUCAGGCUCAAAGGAGAAGGACAGAAACAUGCGUCGAAUCACUCGAAUGGUUUUGGUUGUUGUGGCUGCCUUCAUUAUCUGCUGGACACCAAUUCACAUCUUCAUCAUUGUGAAAACACUGGUUGACAUCAACCAAAAGAACCCCUUCGUGAUUGCUAGCUGGCACUUGUGCAUCGCACUUGGUUAUACCAACAGCAGCCUCAAUCCUGUGCUUUAUGCUUUCUUGGAUGAGAAUUUCAAGAGAUGCUUCCGAGACUUUUGCCUACCAUUCAGAACAAGGGCUGACCAGAGUAAUCUGAACCGAGCAAGGAAUGCCACAAGGGAGCCAGUUUCAGUUUGUGCCCCUUCGGAUACAGGAAAGAAGCCGGUAUGACUAGGCCUGGACAGGAUCCCACGGGGGUCCCAAUCUAGAAGAGUACAGCAGGACCUACAAUCAGAGGUCACCCAAAUCUCCACUACUGAAUUC